AUGGACCUUGAAGAGUGGGGAGUUUUUUAUCGAAGCGCCGAGACGGAGGUCCGCACUCCCAUCCAGUUGUUGGCCGUGACGGCCUGCGGCCAGAGAUCGGCGGAAGAGGCAGAGAAGAAAGUCCCACCCGUGGGAAUCAAGCGCUACGUGAACCAGGUGAACAACGACGGCUCUUACACCUACGGCUUCGAGAGCGAGGACGGAACCUUCAAGCUGGAAACCCGGGACAGCCUGGGAAACGUCAAGGGCAAGUACGGCUUCAUCGACGAGAACCAAGAAUUGAAGGUCGUGGAAUAUGCGGCCGGGAACGGGACCGGCUUCGAGGCCAAGGGGAAUUUCAUCCCGGAGAACCCCAACCCCAGUCCUCCUCCUGCCGGUCCUCGACCGCCUCGUCGGGAUGAGAUCCAGAAGGAAUCGUCGAGGCCACGUCCGCAGAAGGUCCCCAAAUCAUUCAUUCUCGUAAAACGAUUCGGAUUCCUUGACCUAUGUGUCUUCCUCCCCACGCCGACACCCAGACCGGCGUCUUCCCGAAACAAAGGACUCAAAAGGCCUGCAUCACCACCGUCACCACCAUCACCUCAACAGAACUCAUUCGACUACGAUUACGAUGACUACGACGGCACCGGAGAGUCACCGUUCGUCGGCGGAUUCCAGCCUCGACCGAGUCCCGUCGGUGGAUUCCGCGGAAAUCCAGCGCUGGGAGGCUUCCCGCUCCCACCUCCGCGACCCGACAGGAACUUCGCCAGGCAGAACUUUCAAUCUCGACCGUCGAGACCCGAAUUCCUUCCGUCGAGGUCCGCUAGACCCAACUUGGACGAACUCCGAGCCGUACCGAUCCGGGAACCGGAUGGACCUGGCUUCCUCGGAGGAUUCGUUCUGCCGCAACAGCUGUUCCGCGCGAACAAUCUUCGGAGUCCGGUCAUCCAAGGUCGUCCGGGGCAGCGCGACGGUUCGCGGGAACUGCAACAGACCCCGAUCUUCGAUCCCAGUCGAGGCGUCUUGUUGCAACAGCUCCUCUCUCAGAACGGAAACCUCGAUCCGCAAUCGUUCCAGCCUCAGGGGAUACCGAUCCCAUUCCAACCGCGACCGGGGUCCGUCCCGCUUCAAUUCCGACGACAGUUCGAGAACCCCCGAUCCGUACCGCUCCGACAGUCGGUUCCGAUCCAGACGUUCGGCGGACAGCAGACGCGGCCCUCCAGACCCGGAGAGAACGGGAACUCCCGACGGGAGCAACAAGCCUUCGCUCCGUCCCGGCCGAGACCCAGUGACGACGAGGAAAGCAGCGACUACGAACUCGAUGGCUUCUCCGAGGACAAGGACCGAGAUGGCUUCGUGGAUCCGCUACCGACGGAUUCCCGGAGAAGACGCCCGGAAGGAAAUAGAGUCCCUUCCGUCUCUCCCCAGUUCCAGUUCACGCAAGAUUUCGGAUCUCAACAGAGUGGCCCAGAAUUUAACGACUAUUGAACGAACUUUAUGAUCGAGACUCGGCUGCUACGAAAACGAGAGUUGGGUCUGUCUGACGAGUCGAAUUCGUGACCUCGAAGGGAAGAAAUGAGAAAGCCGCCAAUUUAAUUAAUCCCAUCGAGAAAAGAAGAGGAGAAAAAAUCAAAGGACAACUCACAUCAUUUCACGAAUGAGCCACCGUCAUAACUUCCGUAAGACGAAAACGAGGUCAUACGUUUAUCUAAAAAUAGCCGUUUCGUUUUCCGUCCAUGGACUAUCUUUGUGAAACCGUUUCGGUGAAGGCACCAGAAAGCGACUCAUCUGUCUGCUUAUCAUCAGCAUGGAAUGAAUGAUCGCAUGAAUAUUACCCAUGCUGUGAUGUCAUCUCAUCUUUCAUACCGUUCUAUCUUUUGUCUGUUGGUUAACAGGUUUACGUUUUUUUUUGCGGCCGUUUGUCCGUGCAUUUUGCCUGUAACGUUCCCUGUAUAUUUCUAUACGAUCGCAAUGAAAUAAAGCGCUAUAUGAAGUUGA